GGAAACUUCAUCAGCAUGCUCUCGCCUGCCCAGAUCACGUACGUCCAGUACGCCGUCCAAGCGAUCGGCCUUGCCGUCGUCGCCAAGGUCGCGCUCACGCUCCUCACCGGCUUCUACGCGAGCUUCCUCCGCGGUGGCAAGAAGCUCACCAAGUACGGCAAGUGGGCCAUUGUGACGGGUGCCACGGACGGCAUUGGCAAGGCCACGGCCAUUGAGCUCGCGCGCAAGGGCCUCAACAUCGCGCUCAUCAGCCGCACGCAGUCCAAGCUCGACGAGGUCGCCGCCGAGAUCCUCGCCAAGAACAGCGCCGUGCAGGUCAAGACGCUCGCGCUCGACUGCAACAACCUUGACGAGGCCGCGUGCGCCAAGGUCCGCACGCUUCUCGCCGAGAUUGGCGACGUCGGCGUCCUCAUCAACAACGUGGGCAUGUCGUACGACUUUCCCCAGUACUACCACGAGCUCUCGGACGAGGCUGCGCGCAACCUCAUCACGAUGAACAUUACGUCGACGUUUGUCAUGACCAAGCUCGUGCUGCCUGGUAUGGUCGAGCGCAAGCGCGGUGCGAUCGUCAACUGCAGCUCGGGCUCGGCGCGCAUCCCGUGCCCGCUCCUUGCCGAGUACUCGGCCGCCAAGAAGUGCAUUGAGCAGUACACGCUCGGCCUCGCCGGCGAGUACGCAGCCAAGAACAUCCACAUUCAGUGCCAGACGCCCAUGUUUGUCACGUCCAAGCUCUCGAAGAUCCGCCACGCGUCCUUUAUGGUCCCGUCGCCCUCGACGUACGCCAAGGCCGCCGUUGCCAACAUUGGUUACGAGACGGUCACGUCGCCCUACUGGCCGCACGCGCUCCAGCUGUACAUCUUCAGCCUCUUUCCCGACUUUAUCGUCUCCAAGCUUGCGCUCUCGAGCCACUUGGGCCUCCGCGCGCGUGCGCUCAAGAAGCAGCAGCAGAAGAAGGACUAAAUGUGCACUGUCAAUACGAUGCUGUUCGUUCAAA